ACCUAUUGCUGGCAGUGGUUGCCACAAAUUGAUCAUAGGGACUCUUAUUCCUGAAGCAGUCCUCAUCAGAAAAACUAGUUGCCAUUGGUGCGGGAUUCUGAAAGGGGAGCAGACUGGUUGCGCAUGUUUUAUUGUCAGUUCAAGGCGGCUGUUGAGUACAAAGACUCUUUCAUUGCUCUUGGAAACAGUUAAGUCUUGCGUUACGGCGCCGUGCGUAGGAAGGUCUGGAUUUCAAGCUGAGUUUGUUGAAGUUCGCAGUCAGGCGGACGGGACACUUUAACCGUUACGACAGCAGCAGGAGGGUUUGUUUUGAAUGAAGCACCAGCUUCCUGUCGGAUCCUCCAACAUGGCAAGCGGGGAGGGCACCGAGAGGCGGCGAGGCGACAAAUAUUCGGUGUUACUGCCCACCUACAACGAAAGGGAAAAUCUGCCGCUUAUCGUCUGGCUGCUGGUCCGAUACUUCGAUGAAAGUGGUUUUGACUAUGAAAUUAUAAUAAUUGAUGAUGGAAGCCCUGAUGGAACACUUGAGGCUGCCAAGCAGUUGGAGCAGAUUUAUGGAUCUGAUAAAAUUUUACUCCGACCUAGAGAAAGAAAGUUGGGAUUAGGAACAGCAUAUAUUCAUGGAAUGCAGCAUGCCAGUGGUAACUUUGUCUUUAUCAUGGAUGCAGAUCUUUCACAUCAUCCAAAGUUUAUCCCUGAGUUCAUAAAAAAACAGAAGGAAGGGAAUUAUGAUGUAGUGUCUGGCACUCGCUACAUUGGAAAUGGAGGUGUAUUUGGCUGGGAUUUAAGAAGGAAACUUAUCAGCCGUGGAGCAAAUUUUAUCACUCAGGUGUUAUUGAGACCUGGUGCUUCAGACUUGACCGGUAGCUUUAGACUAUACAGAAAAGAAGUAUUGCAUAAACUGGUUGAGAAGUGUGUAUCCAAAGGCUAUGUCUUUCAAAUGGAGAUGAUCAUUAGGGCUCGACAACUGAACUACAGUAUUGGAGAGGUUCCUAUAACAUUUGUGGACCGUGUGUAUGGUGAAUCUAAACUGGGAGGAAAUGAAAUAGUUUCGUUUUUGAAAGGACUGCUGCAUCUCUUUGUCACUACAUGAUCGAGGCUAAUAUACCGUAUGGUUCUGAAAUAUUAUGUAUCUAGAAUGUCUUACGAUUUGUAAUGUUUCCUUGCUUCACAGCCUCAUUGUAAAUUCCAAUCUGUAUAAAUCUGUAGCACACCUUAGUGAGUGAACAAUUGUAACAUGUGAAAUAAAUCAUUCCUACUAUCUCAUUAAAUAUUAA